AUGGAUAGCGGAUCUAAAGAAGCGAGUUGGGUUAAGCUGAGAUCCGUCACUCAAGAGAGAGCUUUAGAUGAAUUUUUGUCUACUGCAGAACUGGCUGAUACUGACUUUACUACGGAGCGUACAGCCAAUAUAAGAAUCAUUCAACAAGGAGGUUUAACGACGUCAGCUAGUACGAGUGCUGCAACUGGAGGAAAUCAAUAUUUAUUAUCAAGACAGCAGGAAUAUGAGCUAGAAAAGAUCCAUGCUGAGAAUACUGGUAAAUUAACAGUCCCAAGAAGACCCAAGUGGAGUUCUGAAAUGACCAAUACUGAACUAGAUAGGCUGGAGAAAGACUCGUUCUUGGAAUGGAGAAGGGGAUUAGCUGCUCUGCAAGAAAACGAGGAUUUGUUGUUGACUCCUUUUGAGCGAAAUAUUGAGGUUUGGCGACAGCUAUGGAGAGUCAUCGAUCGAUCCGACUUGGUUGUUCAAAUCGUAGAUGGACGUAACCCAUUGCUCUUCAGAUCAGUAGAUUUGGAGCAUUAUGUCAAGGAGCUGGACAGCAGGAAGCGUAACUUGCUUCUCAUUAAUAAAGCCGAUUUGUUAUCUCUUGAACAACGUAAGGUGUGGGCUGACUAUUUCCUGAAAAAUAAGAUCAGAUAUGCAUUUUUCUCGGCUAAGACGUCUUUAAGAGAGGUCGAAGAGGCUGCUGAGAAGGAGAGAUUGGAGCAAGAGAAGCGGGAACAGAAAGGUUAUGACGAAAGCGACGAAGAAGAUGAUGAGGAGGAGAUUGAGGACAACUCUGCAGAUGAAGAAAAGUUGGAAAAUGAAGAAUCUUUGGAGGAGAGCGGAAACCAAUUAGAAGGCGAACAAACUCAACAGGAAGAAACCGAAGAGCAGAGUGAGAGUACCACUGAACAAGAGGAAGUUAAAUCUACAGAGUCAGAAGAAACUCUCAUCAACUAUAAGGUCAUGAGAGAUGAUCCUACUCAUAUUUUGUCUGUUGACGAAUUAGAAGCUCUCUUUCUGUCGGAAGCUCCUGAGCCUUUGUACAUGCCUGCUACAGCUGAUAAACCUGCUAGACUCCAAAUCGGUCUUGUUGGAUAUCCUAACGUAGGUAAAUCGUCUUCUAUUAACGCUCUGAUUGGUGCUAAGAAGGUGUCAGUUUCUUCAACUCCUGGUAAGACCAAACAUUUCCAAACCAUUUUGCUAUCGCCCAAUGUAAUGUUGUGCGAUUGUCCAGGUCUUGUAUUUCCUAAUUUUGCAUCUACCAACGGUGACUUGGUUUGUAAUGGUGUUUUACCUAUUGAUCAAUUACGUGAAGUCACCGGUCCAGUUCAAUUAGUGGCCCAGAGAAUUCCGAAAUAUUUCCUCGAAGCUAUAUAUGGUAUUUCUAUUUUCACGAAGCCUAGAGAUGAGGGUGGUUCGGGAAUCCCUACUGCCGAGGAAGUACUUGUUGCCUACGCAAGAGCAAGAGGUUUUAUGCGUUCGGGUCAAGGUAAUCCCGAUGAGUCUCGUGCUGCUAGAUAUGUUCUGAAGGACUAUGUCAAUGCCAAAUUGCUAUAUUGCAACCCUCCUCCCACAUAUAAGCCAGACGAGCCUAACCGUGGUGAACUUUUCAAUCAGGAAAUCUACCGCCUCGAGGCCUUGCCUGCUCCUAGACAACAGCAAAUUAUCUCUGCUCUGAAAGCUGCUGAUCCUGAUGUGGAUUUGUCCAUGGUCGACCUUUCUAAAGCUUUGGAUGGCUUGAAGUUCUCGCGUCACGAUGCUGUUGAUGGCGUGUCUUAUGCCUCCUCGAACCUGUCGUUGGCAGUGAACUCUGCUACGAGCAAUCUUGACCGAGACUUCUUUGCUCUUGACAACGUAAGAGGACAUACCACUGUUCCAUUCCACAAGAAGGGUUCUGUCGAUUCAAACUCCAAGAAGCACAAUAAGAAGGGUAAGACCAAGAAGGGACCCAAAUCAUCGGGCCCUCUCAGUUAUGGUGGCACUUUCGGCGACUUGUACUAA